GUUGGAGUUCGACCUCACAUAAAUUCAAACUCCAACGGCUACUUUCCUAACCAACUUCUUUCACUUUUUCCUCUCACACUUCCAUCUUGUUCAAACACAUACGUAUUUCGGCAAAGAACACACACACACACACACACUGAUGAUAUCGAAUUCCCCAACCUCUAUCUAAUGCGAGCUGAUUUCUUGAAUCUGGGAGAAACAGGUUUUGUCUGCAGUAGUCGUUGCAAAAUCAGAAAAUGGAUGCCGUGUAUCAAGAACUUGACGAGGCUAAAGCUGAGGUUGAAAAGCUGAGAGAGCAAUAUCGUGUUAAAGUUGAAUUAGCUGAAACUUUAAAGAGAUCUCACAAUGACCAAGUGAGCAAGAAUAAGGAGGCAAGUUUGAAGUUAGAGAAACUAGCUGAGGAACUAAAUGAGAAACGAAGUGAAAUCUCUACUACCAAGCAAAUGUAUGAUGAGCUCAAGUCUAAUCUGACAGAGAAAGAAUCGAUCAUCAGGAGUAUUACAUCUGCGCAUGAUAAACUUCGUCUUGAUUGUAAUGAGAAGCUUCACAAGUUCGAAGAAGAGAAUAAGGCGCUGGCAUCGGCUUUGGAUGAUUCAAAUGGCAAAAAAGAUUAUCAGGAGCAGCAGAUCUGUGCGCUUAAACAAGAGGUUGAAGGACUUAAGAGGCUUUUGAAUGUUUCGCAGAAGAAAUGUUCAGAAAGAGAGAGUGGGACUGUGGCAUCCAAGGAUUUGGGAGUGAGAGAAGAUGCUUUCUUCAAAUUAGAGGAGAAAAAGAAGAAGUUAGAAGAUCAGCUGAAAUGGAAGAAGGAACAGUUUGUUCAUUUAGAAGAAGCCCAUGAGAAGCUUCGAAAGCAAUUUAAGAUGAGGGAGAAAGAGUGGGAAAAGGAGAGAGCUGAGCUUCUUCAUGGCAUCUCUUCUUUGGAGACCAAGUUGGAAUCUCAAACUAGAAUUUCGCAAGAUCUUCAGCACCGACUAGAGAUGUGCAACAACGCUCUAGCUCAUGCAGAGACCAAGAGGAGAGUCUUGGAAGUUGAGCUUUUGGAAUCAAGAACGAGCUUGGAUAAUGUCUGUGCUGAAUAUGAUGAGGCUAAGUUGAAUUUUGACAACUUAGUCAUUCAAAGGGAUCAUGACAUCGCAACUCUGAGAAGCUCGUUGGGGACAAAGGACAUACUAUACAAAGAGAUGGAGUAUCAAUUCAGGAAGCUGGAGCAAGAGAAGCAAGAGCUACUCGUUUCCCUGAAAGAGCACCAAGAAGCUCAAAUUCGUGAAUCGAGCUUUUCUUCAGCUUCCAAGCUUCAAAACAAGCUUAAGUCUUUAGAACAGGUGCACAAGGGGUGCUCCACAAAUCUAAAGGCUAAAGAAUCCGAAUGGCAUUCCCAGAUGGAGAAGUUAUCACAAGAGUUAGACUACUUCAGGUCUGAAGUAGAAAGCAAGGAUUCGUCGUUGAAUGAGCUAAACAGAGAGCUGGAAGCUUGUGAUUCUUUAACAAUGAAGUUGGAAUUACUGAACCAGGAGACUUCAUUGAUGCUACUGAUUUUAAAGUCGGAGUUUUCAGAAGCCCGACUCAGACUUGGUGAUGAUCAUUCUUGUACGAAUCUGAAGAACAAACAGGUGGAGGAAAAUAUGUGCAAGUUAAUGCAACAGUUGGAGCAAAAGAAGGCUGCUCUUAUCAGUGUUCAAGAAGAUCUUGAGGAGGAAAGGCAGAAAGUAGUGAUUUUGUCGAAAAAGGUGCAGACUCUCGAAGAACUGCAGUUUCCUCUUCAGAAAGAGGUUGACAGGCUCAAGGAAAUGCUCAAGGAAUCAACUUCUUCACGGCUGCAAUCCAAAGAGCAAAUGCUGCUCAUACAAGAUGACUUGAACAAGGUUCGUGAAGCACUCGAGAGAGCAGACGAAGAACUUUAUGAGAAGUUCCGUGAGGCAAAUGAAAUAGAAUUUGAACUGCGGAUAUGGAAAUCCAUGGCUGAACAGCUGGAAGCCAACCUUAAGCAAAAUCAUCAAAUGCGUAAAGAAGUUGAAGCUUCUCUCCUUGCACAAACGGAAGUGGAGCUGAACCUUAAGCACGAGAAACAAAACCUUAGUCAUCAACUUGAAGAAAAGGAUAGAGAAAUAGACAACCUUCAGCAGCAGCUCGUCAUGAAGGCUACAAUAGAAGAAGCCUCAUGUUGGAAUGCUGAAGAAGAUUCGCUUUCUGAAGCUGAUGUGAGGAAGAGUCUUCACCAGCUUGUGGAGGAGAAAGACCAGAGAAUAUGUGAUCUGCAGCAGCUUGUUGCAUCAUUGGAACGUGAGUUUGAUAGUUCCAUGACCUCGUUCUCUUCCAGGCUGUCGCAGAUGCAGAGAGAGAUGAACGUUCUCCAUGAAUCUUGGGAAAAGAUCAAGGCAGAUGGAGUGCUGAAGGAGAUGGAGAUUCAAGAGAAGAGCAUCAUGAUCAUCGAACUAGAAAAUGAUCUUCACAACCUAACACAGAGAGUGGAUCAGCAGAAUAGAAUUGAAGAUGAAGUGCAGAAGAAAGAGCUGGAGAUUCACAGAUUGGAAUGCGAACUUGAAACCAAGAUUUCCAUUUCAGAGAAAACCAUCAAGCUCUUAACAUCAGAAAAUCAGAAUUUGAUUAACACGAUUGGAUCACUCUCUGAGAAAAUGAACAAAUUAACAGCUGAAGAUCUUCAGCUGAUGGAAAGAUUGGGAAAUAUUGUGAAGUCACUGCCUGGAGAUGAAGAACAGGAGAACAUCAACACUUUUUCAUCUCCUACUACUACCAUUAAGAAAGUUGAAGCAAUUUGUGAUGAAAGGUCGCCACUGAGACUCAUUACCAUUGUUAACAAUUGACUAGCUUCAGGUUAACUUUUACUUGUUUUUUAUUUAUUGACUAUUUUGGUUUUGUAUAUUAAUUGAUUUUUUCUACCAUUAUUCCA